UACAGACCGGCGGCGCUUCCGUACUGUCUCCGGUGGAGUGUAUGUUUCUCUCCAAAUAUGCAGAGACAGAAACGUGCAGUAUUUUUAAGGGGAUGCCGUUCAACUCAUUAUUCCCAAAGGCACAUAUAAACAGUGGUUUCCAUAUGGAACUCCAGCAGAAAAACUGCAGGGGGAAGAGAGGAAACCUAGUUUACCGUGCUGCCGUCCACUUCGCCGUAGCCGAGCAACUGUUUCCAAGGCAACCACGCCGUCAACAACGCUAAGCAACCCCGAGAUAAUUAGAAGGCCUGUUUUAUUUUCUUCCCAAGAGAGGACUGCUAAGAAGACGUCAAAGGGAAAUUAGGUAAAGGAGAGAAACCUUAGUUCUGUGAGAAGACAAGAGUAGGAAAGGAAAGGGGAAACCCCGUGAAGAUAGAGACAGAUACUCGUAUAGUGAGAAAAAAGUUGAUUAUUUUUAAGGAGUCAUUUUGGUGGCCAUGGAUACAACUUGCUUUUCUGAGAGCAUUUAUAACCUCAUACCCGUUGACUCGAAGGAGCCUCCCCAGCCUCCUAGAACCACAAUGAGCCCCAAGCAGAAAGAAGAAAAAGAAGGAAAAGAAGGAGGAGGAGAAGACCAUACCAAGAAAUAUUACAAUCAAAUUUCUUAAAACCAGUAAUAAAGAGAAAAAUCUUAAAAGCAGCCAAAGAAAAAAAGAAACAUCAUAUACAGAAGAAGAAGAAAGAUAGCAAAUAUCUCAUCAGAAACAAUAGAAGCCAGAAGUUACAAAGUCCUCAACGCACAAGAAAGGGUAUAAGUUGGAAAUUUGGAUUUACACAAUGAAAUAAAAAACACUGGAAAUGGUACAUAUCCAUUUUUAAGACAUCUGUAAAAGAUAACCUGCAAAAACAUAAAGCUGCAAUGAAGACUAUGGGACCACCAAAAGUUGAAGUACCUUCUCCAAAGGAUUUCCUGAAGAAACAUUCAAAGGAAAAAACUCUACCACCCAAAAAAAGCUUUGAUCGGAAUGAGCCCAAAAAGCCUCCUGUGCCACUGAGGACUGAUCAUCCAGUCAUGGGACUACAGAGUGAAAAAAAUUUUAUAAAUACAAAUGCAGCCAAUGUCAUUAUGGGAGUGGCUAGAAAGCCUAAGCCAAUUUAUGUUGACAAAAGAACUGGAGACAAGCAUGAUCUUGAAACCUCAGGACUAGUUCCAAAAUACAUCAAUAAAAAGGAUUAUGGUGUCACACCAGAAUAUAUAUGUAAGCGAAAUGAGGAAGUAAAGAAAGCCCAAGAAGAAUAUGAUAAUUAUAUCCAGGAAAACCUUAGGAAAGCAGCUAUGAAAAGGCUCCCCGAUGAAGAAAGGGAGGCGGUUCUGCAGGGGCUGAAGAAGAACUGGGAAGAGGUGCAUAAGGAGUUUCAGUCUCUCUUGGUGUUCAGUGACUCCAUCCCAAAGAAGAUCCGCAAGCAGAAGCUGGAAGAAGAGAUGAAGCAACUGGAACAUGACAUCAGCAUCAUCGAAAAGCACAAAAUUAUUUAUAUUGCCAAUAAGUAAUAAUGGAUUUUUUAAAAAUAUAGUCAUUUUAACAUAGGGGAAAAAAUGAAACUUUGCUUUUCAACGAGGAAAACACUAUUAAGAGAAUAAAAAUAGUUUUUACCAAAAUGCUGGGGCAAUGAUUAAAGGGUAAUCAAAUUAUUCUACCCAUGUGAGAGAAACUUUUGUUUUUACCAGCAUUAGGAUUUCCACGUAUAAGCAGAAGUUUGAUGUGGCAUGUUCCAGUUUGUAGGGUGAUCCAUUAUUUUUACGUACUUGUUUCACAGAAAUAUUAAUUUCCGGGUGCUGAAGAAUAAAGUCAGCACUCGGAACUUCAGAUUUUUUCUAUACUGCAUGAAACAAAGAGCACAACAUUAAAAACUGUGAAGUAUUUUGAAUUGGACAUAGUGGCAUAUGCUUUCUUCCUACUCCAGUGCUUUCUAAACAUUGCUUAAGAUUCCCACACAUUCAACAGCAUGCAAUCUCUGAUAACCUCUGUCAUUUGCAGCUCUUCCCAACUGCAAAUACCGUCAGUGUCUGUAAUGCUAGCUAUGCCAAAGAGGAAGGAAAUGAAGAGGUAACAUAAAAUCAAGAAGACAACUUAGAAAAUGCAUCACUGAGCAUAAUCAAAGAGAACAGCCUUCUUCUGGGCAUAUAAACUUUUAAAAACUUUGCUACUCAAAGUGCUUUAUUCCAUAAUUCACUAUAGGUGUUUCACUAAAAUGGGAUGUUCCUUUUUCUUUUUUUGUUCCUAUGUAUCUAUUUGGUGAAUUCUAAAGUUUCCUUUUGUAUGAUUAAUUAUUAAGCAAUAAGUUUAUGCGAGUAGAGCUGUCUUCAACUCAAAAUAAGUAUAUAAGGAGAGUCUAAAAGGAAAGAAUUCUUGUAUGAAAUUUUAAAUUAGAGAAAUUCAGUAGAACAUGAAAUACAAAAUAUCAGAGCAAUAACAAUGUCUGCUGCUUACACUGAUUUUUAUCUUAUGGAUGAUGGAAAAAAUGGCAUUUUUUUAGCUUUUUCAGAAACAGAAUUUGAGAGCAUUGUAGAAAAUCUUACUUUAAUUAAAUAAAAAUGGUUAUAUACAAA